AUGGUCCAGACGAACAGGAAGAAGGAGGAGGCGCGUGCCGAGAGGCUGCGAAGGCUCCCACAGACCGACCGACUCAAAAAGAGUGCUCUGAUAAAGAAGCAAACAGGACGUGUUCUCAAUGCGGCGGAGAAGCACGCGAUGAAGAUGACCUCCGAGUACGGGGAGAUCAUUCGGCUGUGGGAACUGCUGCGGGUCGCGUCUGACCCCGCAGCGAAGGAGACGACGACGACGACGACGACGACGAAGAGCGUAGGGGAGCGUAAGGCGGAGCGGUACGAACACAAGUACCAGACGGUGGAUCUCCUGCUGAAACUUAUUGAACCAAAGUUUGCCACGCACGCGAAAACGCCCCGGGUGAGCCGUGUCAUCCAGUCUAUGAUUAAAUACGCCUCCGUGACGCAGUUGGAGCGUCUCCUCGCGCUCGUUUCACAGUCUUUUGUGGCUCAUGCCACAGACGCCUACGGCCAUUUUGUGGUGACCGCAUUGAUCCGUCACGCCCCACAUAGCCUCCUCGACAAGUUGCUUUUACUCAUCGUUCCUGCCGUCCCUUCGCUGGUGUCGCAUCGGUUUGGCAUUGAGGUUCUCCACGCAGCAUACAGCAGCCGUCUCUGCACCUCCACCAAUCGCCAUAUUCUCAUCCUGGCGGUCCUGAAAGACAACGUUGCCGUGAUGAAGCGGUGGAAGGGGUAUCCUGUUUUGGAGGAGGUGCUGCAGCAAGAGGUGGCGCAGCGGAAGCGUCUGCUCUCUAGGCUUUUUGAGCUCUGCGACAAGCUUGUCUCGCAGAAGGGUGCUGUCGACUACCCAUUUGCGCAGCGCCUGGUUGCAGCCUACCUCAAGCAUGGGCGGAAGGAUGAGGUGGCUGAGUUGUGCGAUACGCUUCGGCCGCAUUUGGCAACGUUGUGCGCCACACGCGAGGGGCCCCCGAUUGUGUCGACCGCCUUCUCCCUCGUCGAGCCCAAAAAACGCAAAGAGGUGCUGCGUGCCCUCUCCGAGGACCUCGGCAGCCUUGCGGUUGACAAGUACGGUGCGCCCGUUGUCGCACGCCUCUUUGACCUCGUCUACGACGUUCAACUGCUGCGCAAGUACGUCGUCAAUGACUUGGAGGCGCACCUCACGCAAGUUGUUAACAGCCCUUUUGGACAUCAGAUCCUGUUGCAUCUUCUCACGCCGCAUGUGGAGCGGAAAAAUAAGUUCCUGCUUCCGAACUGGUUCCAACACAACUUGUUUUCGAUAGAGAACGAGGAGUGGAAUCGUCACACGUGGCUUACGCAUGAGUACAGGGAGGAGACAGUAGAGAUAUGCUCCAAGCAUGCUAUGGCAACUCACCUGUUGGUGUUGCCUUCCAUCGUGAGAAAAUUUAUCGUCAUCGCCUCCGACCCAGCGGGAGGAGGCUCGGCGCUGAACCGGCACUACGCUGGCCUCAUUGCACGAGAGGUGUUGGUUGUCAAUGGGACGCUGGAUGCCUACAAGGCGGCACUCCAGCUCUCAAAGGAGGAUAUACAACUGCUCACACGGUUGGCGCCUGCAAUGGAGCAGAAGAAGCGGUUGCGUGACGACGACGACGGCGGCGGCUGUGCGACCACUGAGACCCCACCGGGGUGCAAGAAAAAGGCACAGGAAGCUGAGAAGCUUACUGCUUCUGCCAAGGAGCGCGUGGGCUCUCGGGCGGCGAAGGAAGAUCGCAGAGGCGCGUUGGUCCGCGAGAAGAAGGCGGCGUCCGCGAAAAAAAGCACCAAGUUGGGAAGAGGCAGCACGAAGGCGGCACGCACAAAGUAG